AUGCAUCUCCAGCUCAAGAGACUUGGCUUGUCGUUCGAAAAGUAUGGCGCGAAGCAUGGAUUUGAAUAUGAGUGGGCGUGGAGACGAGUUUUGGAGAACAACAACACAUGGUGGAACAAACAGACGUUCGCGGAUGUGAUGACGACUCUUGGUCAAGCAGUGAGAUUGGGGCCGAUGCUGGGUCGUGAUAAUGUCAAAUCCCGCUUAGAAGAUGGCAGUGGCAUGUCACUUGCAGAGUUCUGCUAUCCUAUCAUGCAGGCAUGGGAUUUUUGGUAUCUCUUCCAACACGGAACACAGAUCCAGGUCGGAGGAUCCGAUCAAUACGGCAAUAUCCUGUUCGGAAUCGAUGCCAUUAAAGGCAUCCUAAAAAACAACCCAAACAGCGAAUUCGCACCAAAGCCCGGCGAAGACCCAGACCUCGUCAAUCCCAUUGGAAUUACUACUCCUCUUCUAACGACAUCGUCCGGUGAGAAGUUUGGAAAAUCAGCUGGGAAUGCCAUUUGGCUUGACAAAGACAUGACAUCAUGCUAUGACCUGUACCAGUAUUUUGUUCGCCUUCCUGAUUCCGAUGUUGAGCGAUACUUGAAGUUGUUCACGUUCAUACCCACUUCCGAGAUUAAAACGCUUAUGGAAAAGCAUAAUGAGAACCCUUCGAAGCGACUAGCUCAACAUAAGCUUGCCGUCGAAUUUGUGGAAAUUAUCCACGGAUCCAAUGAAGCCCAGAAGGCUGCAAGAGACCACGCCCUAAUCUUUGUUUCCAAGUUUGCGGACAAGACCGGUGAUAAAGCAGCGCCUGACAGUGAAGAUGAACCGCGCCAGCAGAAAUUACAUAUGUUUGACAUGCCAUCUCCUCACGUGACGCUUCCACGAUCCCUGAUUUACAACCAGUACUUUCAUAAAGUAUUAUGGUCCGCCGGGUUGGUGUCCAGCAAAGCUGAAGGUUUUCGUCUAAUUGUAAACAACGGCGUGCACGUUGGGAGCCAGGCAGAUUCGAAGCAAUCUAUGGGCGACGCCAUUUCCUAUGUCCCUGUCAAGACGUGGCCGCCUAACAUUACAGAGAAGUUCAUUAUUGACGACUCGCUGCUGAUCCUAAAGGUUGGAAAAUGGAAAGUCAAGAUUAUCAAGGUCGUGUCUGAUCAAGAAUAUGCCAAGAUGGGUUUGGAAGCACCUGGAUGGGGAGAAGUAGAAGCAAAGGGAGAACGUGAAGCGGAUAAGGAGCUGUUCCAGAGCAAGCAAAAGCUCGGUGGCCAUCGCGUUAAAUUACCUCUCUUUGCUCAGCAGAGUAAGCCAGCGAUUAAGACUUGGAAACCAGGGCAACAAGACACGGUCAUUAAACCGAACGAAGAGGAAGCUAUAGAGGUUGGACGAAAGAACUGA